AUGCCUGCAUCGCUCGCCCGCAUCGAUCACCGACCCUCGGCGCCGCACCGCCGCACCGCCGGAUCCCCUCAGCCUCCGUCCCCGCACUUCGCUCGGAACCCGAUCUGCCGCUCCGGUCCACCAAAGAUCUGCAGACCGGACUCGAGCCAAAUCUGCCCAUCACCGCCCCGUCGCUCCACCCGCGGCGACGCGACACCAGCAAUCGCCGAUCGCCUCCUCGCGACGACCCGAGCUCGAGUCGAGCCGCUCCGCCAGCGGACUGCGACGCCCCGUUCGACUCGGACGCCGCCCGCACGCAAAUCGCCGAACGGGACUCAAGCCUUCCUAGUUCCGCCCGACCACCAGAGGCCUCCCGCCGUCCACUCGCAGCCCCGCCGGCUGAAGCCCAUGAUCCGAGCGCCCCGACGCAGCCCCCGCAGGCCCGUGCCGCCCGACGCCGCCUCCGCUUCGCCUCCAGCCCGAGCAGACCCGCGACACUCCCUCGCGCCUCGCCCGACACGCCGCUCCGGAGCCUCGCCGGAACCCUAG